AUGGAAAACUCCGUAAAUAACUGCGUGAGGCAAAGAGUACUCUCUAGUCACCAAAUCAGAACGAUACACGAAGAAGAAAGUCAAGAAGAGGAGAGUAGUUGGGUAAUCUACUUUGAAGAUAUUGAUCAUGAUGAUGAAAUGAUUGAAACCAAAGAAGAAAUGAGUCAUUACUACGGUAAUGAUUCCUCAAUGAUCUCAGAUGCUGCGUCACCUGUCUACACAUCAAAGAUUAAUAAUGUUGCUCGUCGAAAGGCUAGUAACAUUAAUACAAACCCUAAAAAGAGACGAAUUAUUCAUCAACACAAAGAAGAAGAAGAAAACCAAAAAGGAGAGGAUGAAGAAGAAGAUACAGCCUCUUCUCCUUCUAAUAAAACUAAGGGUUUUAGUGUGUUGGAUGGUGCAGAAGAUAAUACAAGAUAUGGAAAAUCCAUGGACAAUAUUACAUCCGAGGAGAGAGGAUGCAUAACGGACACAGGAUCGAAGAUAAAUGAAGUUGUAAAUGAAAAAUUCUUCUCUGCAGAAUUGAAGAAGAGAGGACUUUGUAUAGUUCCUUUAUCACUGUUAUCUAACUUUAUUGCUUGA